AAAAAAAUAUACACUCCUUUUACUCUUUUCAAGCACAUCCAUUUCCGGGUUUACUUCGCAGUCUUCCCCAAUAGUGAGAAUACAGAAGCGAGAAAAUUCAACCCAUUUCCAGACUGUCCCAAGCAGCCAUGGAAUCCAAAUCAGACCCACCAAAUAGAAACCAAAUCAAUCAGCUUAUGGAGGACUGUCCCUCUUCUUCCUCUACUCCUAAUCUCGAAUCAGACCCCGAAUUAUUGAUGCCCGAUUUCCCCGACGAAAUCGCCAUUGAAAUCAUUUCAAGACUGCCAGCUAAAUCCUUGGGGAAAUUCAAGUGUGUUUCAAAACCAUGGCUUUCUUUGAUCUCAAGCCAAGGAUUUAUCAAAACCCAUCUCGCCGAUUCAGCUGAAAGUGAUGAUUUUUCCCACCACCGUCUCAUCUUGUAUGAGUUCACGGACAAUAGAUUCCAACACCGGCUGUACUCUGCGAGUUCUUUGCUGAAUGAGGUGUUCGAUGAAACGACCGCUGCUGCUGAGGUAUUUAAUAUCGAUUAUAUAUUACAACCUUAUGAGUUAUUUUGGGUGGUAGAUUCUUGUAACGGACUUGUCUGCUUGAUUAAUAUGGAUAGGGAGUUGAUUUUGUGUAACCCUUGUACUAAGAAAUUUAAGAAAUUGCCUGGGUCUGAAAUCAGAAAAAGUAACACUCUUGGAUUUGGUUAUGAUUCCUUGAAUGACGACUAUAAAGUGGUUGAAUUUGUGGACAAUAAAGUCAAUAUGUACAGUGUUAAAACUAGUUCUUGGCGCAAGAUUGAGGAUUUGGAGGUCAUUACUCCAGCGUAUGACAAACCGGUGCAUUAUGUGAGUGGAACCUUUUAUUGGUCUACCAAUGAUGGAGUUGACGAUUGGAUGAUUGCUAGUUUCGAUUUGGGGAAUGAAACGUAUGGGAUCAUGGACCGUCCCCCAAAGAACAACGAUAGCUAAUAUGACUAUGGAUUUGGAGAGAUAGGAGGCUGUCUUUAUGUUAUCUAUGAUUAUGGAGGUACUCAUGUAGAUGUAUGGUUACGGAAGGACUCUUGGAUCAAAGUUCUUUCAGUUUCUGCUCGUUAUGGGGAUGAUCCUAUUUCUUACUUCAGUCAACCGGUUUGUACAUCAAAGAAUGGUGAAAUAUUGUGUGUUUUGCGCUCAACUUUGUAUCUUUGUGACCCAAAGACCAACACUUUGAGGAGGUAUCAUCAGGUAGAUUUUAUUCAAGAAGCGAAGAUGUAUGUUGAAAGCUUAGUUUCGCCCUAAUUGCCUUGCCCGUGAUGGAAAAGAGAUGUAAGUGGAUAACAAUGAUUAAAAGACUAAACUACAGAAAACGUCUCGUAUAUUUGGCCAAAAAAUUAUUUUCGUCCCGUACAUUUUAAAAUUCUCAUUUUCAUCCCAUUUUGUCCAAAAAACGAUAUUUUUCGACUAUUUACGUCCCAAGUCAAUUUUCCGUCUAAUUAACCGUCAAAAUGGGGGACAUUUUCGUCUUUAAGCCCUUUUUUAUUUUUCAGUAAUUAAGACAUAAAAUAAUAAUAAAAUUAAUUAAAAAUAUUUUUAAAUUUUAUAUCUUUUACCCGCUGGGGCCUAGUGAUAUAAUUUUUUAUUAUUAGCUACAGUAAA